UUCAUGCGGCGAAUCCUGCUAAAGCACACGAAAUGGCUGCUUGUCAUCCAAGGGAUGAUGAACUGCCAUCCUUGUUAAGAGAGUGUGGUAGAGUGAAGGACUUGGAUCAAGGCCGGAGGCUCCACCGUUGGAUUUUCGCUCACAAAUUCCAUAGAUAUGAUAGGAGAUGGAGGCGGCUUUCUUGGAGAUCAGAGAGCCAAAUCUCUUCUCAUGGAACAUCCUGCUCACAGCCUAUGCCCAAAACGGGUAUCUCGAAGGCGCGGUUUCGACAUUUCAGAGAAUGCCAGAGUGCAACAUAUUGUCCUGGACGAACCUCUUGUCAACUUACGGUCAGGCUGGUCAAGUUGGAGCGGCAAAGCUGGUUUUUGACGUGAUCCCGGAGCUGGACGUGGCUGCUUGGAACGCGCUUUUGGAAGCUUACUCUCAAAACGGGCAGUUCGGCAAGGCAAAAGAGGUGUUUGACGAGAUGCCGCAUCGAAGCGUGGUCUCUUGGACUAUGAUGAUUCAAGCGAACUUUGAGCUGGGCCACGUCGAAGAGGCAGAGCUUCUUUUCGAGCGGAUACCGGAGAGGAACAUCGUCUGCUGGACGGCUAUGGUGGCGGGACUUAUCGAGAAUGACAGGAUGGAAGCAGCACAGGAGGCCCUGGAUCGGAUGCCCGAGUGGAACAUACUCUGCUGGAACGCACUGCUGGUGGGAUACUCUCAGAAAGGAUUAGCGGAAGAAGCCCAGGCUACACUCGAGAGAAUGCAGGUGUGGAACUGCGUCUCGUGGAACUCGCUCGUUUCAGUUCACGCUCAAAACGGAGAACUCGCCAGAGUGAAAGAAACUUUCGACAGGAUGCCCGAGCGGGACCUCGUCUCGUGGACGAGAAUGGUGCAAGCGUAUGCUGAGAACGGACACAUUGAGCACGCGAGGUGCCUGUUCGAUGCAAUGCCGGAGAGGAGCACGGUGUCGUGGAACACAAUGGUGGCGGCGUACGCUCACAGCCAGCAUCUGGAAGAAGCAAAGAGGAUGUUCUUGGAGACACCCGAGAAGGACGUGGCGUCGUGGAACACAGCUCUCUCCAACACCGAAGCCAGGGACGAUCUGGAGAGCUUCUUCGGUCGGAUGCCGGUGAAGAACAUCGUCUCGUGGAACGCUCUCCUCGGCUCUCGGGUCUGCGUUGGAGAAUCCGGGAGGAAGAGUCCCAAGGCAGUGGAGGUGAUGGCGAGGAUGGGCCUAGAAGGCGAGAGGCCGAACGAGAUAUCAGUGCUCGGGCUCUUGGUGGCUUGCGUGCAUUUGGGAAUGCUGGACGAGGCUAGAAAGGUGGUGGCGGGCAUGAGAGACGACUAUGGAGUGGAUCCAAGGACGGGACACUUAUCGGCCGUGGUGGGAGUUCUCGCGAGGUGUGGAGACACGGCACAAGCACAGGUUUUUCUGGAAAGCUUGCCGCUUGGAGGUGACUUUGCGACGUGGGGUGCUCUCCUCAGUGCUUGCAGCACUCACGGCGAUGCUGGGAAUGGGAGAGAGGCAGCGAAGCGAAUGCUAGUCGAUCCGGGAAGGGGAAAGAAACCGGACGACUCCUCGCCGUAUGCUCUACUCGCCAACAUUCUUCUCGGGUAGAACAAAGUUCCUGUGGAAGA